AUGGGAAAUAGCGAAUCCAUAGCUGGUGGUCAGACAGCAGUUCCUGCUAAAGAGAACUCUGUAUGGGACAGAAAAUUUAUGAGGGAAUAUCCAUCCGACCUGCAAACACUGCAUGAAUUUAAGACACUCUUGGGUCUGCAGGGUCUGAAUUCAAAGGCCAAUCGACAUGUUGAUCAAGUCUAUAAUACCUUUGACAUGAACAAGGAUGGAUUUAUUGACUUUUUAGAGUUUAUUGCUGCUGUAAAUCUAGUUAUACAAGGAAAAAUGGAGCAAAAAUUAAAAUGGUAUUUUAAACUGUAUGAUGUUGAUGGAAACGGUUCUAUUGACAAGGAACUACUGAACAUCUUCAUGGCUGUACAAGCCCUCAAUGGCCAGCAAACUCUGAGUCCUGAGGAAUUUACUAACUUGGUGUUUCAUAAGAUCGAUAUAAAUAAUGAUGGUAAGGCAAUUACUCUCCUUGGGCUCACUUUUUUUUUUUUUUAAUUUACAAAGAGAAUUGACUUUAGAAGAAUUUAUCAAUGGCACAGAAAAAGAUCAGGAUCUUCUGGAGAUUGUUUCCAAGAGCUUUAACUUUUCCAACGUACUGAAAGUAAUCUAUAA